CCCACCCCCAAAUAAACAUCCCUACCACAUUAAACACCACCGACCCCAAAUAAACACCCAAUCCUCAAUAAACACCACCCCAAAUAAACACCCCCACCCCAUUAAACACCCUUGUCCCCACUAAGUACUUCCACUUCCAUUAAACGCUCCCAGGACAGGGACAGUACGGGAUUAGAUACAGAGUAAAACUCUCUCCACAGUCCCCAUCGAACACUCCCAGGACAGGAAUGGCAUGGGGUUAGGUACAGAGUAAAGCUCUCUCUACACUAUCCUCAGUAAACACCCGCUGGAUAGGGGCCAAAACAAUAUUAGAUAUGGAGUAAAGCUCUUUCUACAUUGUUUUUAUAAAACGCUCCCAGGAUAGGGACAGUAUGGGGUUAGAAACAGACUAAAUCUCCCACUACACCGAAAUUUGUUUUGAUUUUUUAAACUGUUUAAACAAGUCAUAUCUCAUUGGUCUUUGUGGGAUCUUACAGAGUGGAUAUUAGCACAUAUUCUGCAUUGCAACAUUUAAAUAUGUUAUUGCUUAUAAUUUGCCAGGAGGUAGCCAUAAUGGUGCUAUAUUAUUGCAAGUCUUGUUUAUUAUCUUUCACUCUGUUGUACAGCCACUAUUCACGCAAUAAUCCUUCUAAACCUGUUUACUUUGGUAUAGACCUAUGCUGACCCGUCCCGGAGGCUGGAACUGCACUUCCGCCCAAAUGACCCUUACUGCCACCCAGUGUGUGCAAACCGUUUCCCGUCAACCAGCAUGCUGCUCAGGGUAAAGAGGAGGUGGAGAAAAAUGACAGCAGGAACAUCUCCUGUGGAGGAAGGCAGAGGAGAGGAGGUUAAAUACGAAAUGGAAAUCCUUGGACUUAUUGGGACCACUUAUAAAUUCCAGGGAAUGUCCGAUUUCCAGUUUCUGGUCAUGCACACUACAGCAAGUGGCUCGCAAGUGUCCAUGUAUGACAAGGUCAUUCUCCGUAAGCCUGAACACAGAGAGUUUUUUGACCAGGAUUUGCCACUUUACAUUCCUCCACCGAUAUUUUCCCGUGUGGAUAACCCUGUGGAUUAUUACUACCGGCCAGAAGUCCAGCACAGAGAUGGUUACCAUCCUCCAAAACUAUCCAACGAGAACCUGAUUGGCCUGGGGCGAGCUCGCCGUCCUCACAAUGCCAUAUUUGUGAAUUUUGAUGAUCCAGAGGUGCCAUCCCAGCCUCUUGAAGCUGCUGUUCAGAACUGGAGGAAAUUCAACACACAGACCACAGACCGGAAAGCUGAAGAGGAGCUGAAGAGGCUCUUCGAAAUCCGACCCAUCUGGUCCCGAAAUGCUGUGAAGUCGAAUAUUGACAUUCACCCAGACAAACUGAAGCUGCUUCUGCCUUUUGUGGCCUAUUACAUGCUUACAGGGCCCUGGCGGAGUCUCUGGGUCAGGUUCGGGUACGAUCCACGAAAAGAUCCCAAAGCGAAGAUUUACCAGGUGUUGGAUUUCAGGCUUCGAUGCAGCACCAAGCAUGGUUAUAUGCCCUCAGACAUGCCAGUGAAGGCAAAGCGCAGUACGUUUAAUUACAGCCUCCCCAUCACCAUCAGCAAACCAGCCCCUCAGGUUGUGAGUAUUCAAGAUCUGGGAAAAGCUUCAGUAGUUCCCAAUGUCCCACAGAAGAAGAAACUCACAACAUCUGGAUACAAGCUCAAACAAUCAGUUUACAUAUUCCAGGAGGACACUCUACCACCUUAUCGACAGAUGUUUUACCAGUUGUGUGACCUGGAUGCAGACAGUUUAAGAAAAAUAAUUCAUCGCAAUGAAGGCAAAGAGACGACAUGUACUGAGCGAGAUGGGUGGUGUCUGCCGAAAACCAACGAUGAGCUCCGGGACCAGAUGUCUAACAUGAUUAAAGAAGUCUGGCACAAGAACAAAGCAGUUUCACACUCUUCAAGAAAGAAGCCAUUGGUCACACAGGGGAGAGAAGAUUCUGAAUCUGCUGAGGAUGAGGAAGAUGAAGAGGAAGAGUAUCCACCAUCAGAAGGAAGUGAAAAUGAAAUGGAGACUGAAAUUCUUGAUUACCUGUGAUUUGAGUGACCAUGAGCUGUUGUUGGUGACGUGGAGGGAGAGUGGAGUGGUGGUGAAUCUGGUAGACAGACUUCAAAUUGUCCUCCUUUCCUGAAGGAGGAUGGUGCAUUUCUAUAGCCACGGCAUACAGCAGUCUGGGACUCCUGCAGUCGUGAAACCGGUGGGAAGAGAAACUGCUGAUCAUGUUGGUUACUGGUGUUCAGCCAACAAAUUCACGUACUUCCAGUUUGCCUUUCAGCCAGCACCUUGGUACGGUUGUACCAGUGACUGGGGAAUGGGGACUUGGGCUCCCUGUGCUGACUUGCAGCCUCAUCUGUCUCUCUGUUACAUUCACAGAGAGGGUUUGUGGUUUGUUUGACUCAGUGGUGCAACAGUUUAUCAGACUUUUCCCAGAUGCAUUAUGGGGUGUCAAAUAGGUCCUGUAUCCAUGGUGUGAUGGGACAGCACAUAGUGUUAGUGGUGAUGAACUACAGGUUAUUAACCUCUGUCUGGUUAUUAUUGUCUGAAUCUUCCCGCAUUGAGUUCCUGUUCCCUUCCUGUUCCUCUUCUGCAAUCAACCUCCGGUACACCAGAAAUAGCCUCCAGCUGAUGUCCAUAGUCUUGGUUCCAGUAUUUCUGAUGUAGUUAGAUGGGGAGGCCUCUACUAUUGGCAUACGUCACAUGUCUGUUCUGCAACAGACAGGGCUAGCCAGUGAACUCCAGUAGGAAUCACUCUAGCUUCCCAUUUCCUCAGCCUGGACUCAAUUCAAACCCAGAUCCCAGAGGGGAUGGAAUGGUGAAUUCCCAGGCCAGAGGGGUUUUUACCAUCAGGUUAUUGCUCUCGGGGAACCAUUUCCAUUAAACCUCUUUUCACCCAUAACCUCUUAAAGGAUGGUAUUUAAACAUUGUUUUCUGUUGUUAAAUAUACUUUGAAGUUUGUCUUCCAAACAGUGCUGUGAUUAUAUUUGCAUUUGGGGCGGAGUGGGGGAGGUGUGUCUACCGGGUGAUGAGAGAUUUACAAACUGUCUCUCCCACAUUGUCCUAGUGCUGGGACCUGGCAGAGAAUUAUCUAUCAGAGCAUGCAAUAACAGCUAAACCUAGGCACCUAGAUUGUUGCCUGUGGUAAUGCUGCAAACCAGUAGGUGGGACAGUCCUGGAAAAUUUCUCCGUCCCCUUUGCAGUGUUCACUUGUUAUAACUCCAGUAAUGCCCCUGUUCGUACCUGACAUUCCACUGGUCUUGGCUUUGCAAACCUUAAGCUCCCUGACUCUGUUGCUGAAAGAGAUUGGGUUCAAAUACAUCAAAGUGAUGGGCAGGAAAACAUAAACUGGUCCAUCAGCCUGCCCAAUGUUCAUGGUAAAAACCAAAAGAACUGCGGAUGCUGUAAAUCAGGAACAAAAACAAAGUUGCUGGAAAAGCUCAGCAGGUCUGACAGCAUCUGUGAAGGAGAAAACAGAGUUAACGUUUCGGGUCCGGUGACCCUUCCUCAGAACCUGAACUUUGAAGUGAUUGAUGUAAGGUUAGCCUUGACCUUGACUUGUGAUUGCAUCUUUGUUCCUGCAUCUGGACUGACCGGGUCUGUUGCUGAGUGUGUCAGGACAAGAUUACAGUACUGUCUGAGAAGCAUAUGGGCUGGUCCUGCAGUAGGGCUUUAAGUGCCAAUAUAAUAAGGAUAUGUUUGUAACUCUUGGGAGGUGGGGUGAGGGGGAAGCUGAAUGGGUAAGUGGUGUGAUCUGGGAGUGGACAGGUGCAAAAUUAACUCACGUGAUGGGAGGGGAGAUACAUUCCCAUCAAAUUUAUAUUAAUUCUGACGUUCUUCCAUCGCCUCCCCUGUAAGUGGCAAAUGUAAUCUGAGGGCACCUGACAACUGAAGAUAAAUAGGGAAUAUGUGAGCAGCAGGUGACUGCGCCUCAGAACUCAAACUAAUCUCAAGCCUGAGAAACUCUCAGCUGUGAACACUAUUAUUUGGAUGAGUGAGAGUUAUUUGUGGAGCUGUUUACUUACAGCAGGCACAGGGUGCAGGAGCAGCGAGAUGCUUUUAUUAUACAAAGCUACGUAGCAUGACUUUCUCUUGCUGCUCUCAUGUAUUUUGAGUGUUUUUCCAAUAUCAGGUGAGAACUGUCAGCAAUACCAUCAAGAUCUGCAGCCAUAUCUACCUCAUAAACCAAACUGAAUAAAAUGAACAUGUUGUACCAA